ACCUGAGUCUCAGAGCUGGACUUUGACUGGGGGACUAUAAGGAAAUAGGAAAAAACCAAGAGCACAACUUCGCAAGAUGAGAUGAUUGUGUAAUGGUGUGUGGAUAUCUUUGAGGACAUGGCGAGUGAUGCAAGCACCCUUUCCUGGAAGGUACCCACCCAGGACUGGGAUGGGGGCAUCAAAAGCCCAGACCUCGGUCCUGCUGGAGAUGGCGGUCCUGUGAAGAUCAUCAAAGUGUGCUUCAGCAGCAGCAACAACCUUAGCAAAAACUUCAAACUGGUCAAAUGUGACAGCUCAUGGCAGAUCAAGACUAUCAUCCAGUCUAUUCUGAUCAGUGGCCGUUUGGGCCCAAAUGUGCAAAACCCAGGAUGCUUUGGGCUGAGGCUCAAACACCUCAAAUCUGAGGAGCUCCACUGGCUUCAUCCAGACCUGACUGUAGGAGAGGUUGAGCAACACUAUGAGAGCCUUCACGCCGAGGCAGAGUGGAGAUAUGAUCUUAGGAUUCGCUACAUUCCUGCUGCUUUCAUGAAAAAGUUAAAAGAGGACAGGACGUUCCUUUUGUAUUUCUAUCAACAGGUGCGUUGUGACUACAUGCAGCAUUAUGCUAGCAAAGUUAGCGACGGCAUGGCUCUUCAGCUGGGCUGUUUGGAGAUCAGGAGGUUUUAUAAAGACAUGAAUGCCAAAGGUCUAGAGAAAAAGUCAAAUUUUGACUUGCUAGAAAAAGAUGUUGGUCUGGACCUGUUCUUUCCUAAGGGCCUUAUUGACAGUAUGAAGCCUAAGCAACUCAGGAAGCUCAUCCAGCAGACGUUUCAGCAGUAUGCAUUACUAAAGGAGGACGAGUGUAUGAUCAAGUUCUUUGAGACCUAUGGAGAAUUCUCCAACUUUGAUGAGGAAAUAUUCCCUUGUGAGCUAGUGCAAGGUUGGAGUUUAGCAGUGGAUUUAGUCAUUGGUCCCAAAGGCAUUCGGCAACGUACCAAAGCAGACUCCACCGCUGUCUGCCUUGCUGAAUUUAGACAGAUCCAUAGUAUCAAGUACAACACACAACGUGAUGGCAAAACGUUGUUACUUAUCGAAAUUGUGGGUGCCAAACAGCCUUUUUCCAUCAGUGUGGCAUCUCUGGCCAUUGCGGAGAACAUGGCUGAUCUGAUCGAUGGCUACUGUAGGUUGCUUAACCACACAGACUCAUCUUUGAUAGUUGGUCCAAAUAAAAGUAAAUCUCCCAAAGGUGUGCAGUUGCGCAACUCUCUUCCUGAAAUUCCCUCCGGGAAGACAGAAAGCUUCAGAUACAGCAACUCUGAUAUAUACUGUGAAAUCCCAGAUGAAAAGCCGCCACCAUCUGCAAAGUUUGGACUGUCCAGGAAAGACAUUAUCCUGAAACGUAUGCUGGGUGAAGGCUUCUUUGGGGAGGUUCAUGAAGGAGUUUACCAGAAAAGGAAUGGGGAGAAGGUCAGUGUUGCGGUGAAGACCUGUAAGGAAUGUGCACCUGAUGUCAGAGAGAAGUUUGUGGGUGAAGCAGUUAUCAUGAAGAACCUGGACCAUCCACACAUAGUGCAACUGAUAGGAGUGAUUGAGGAAGAGCCAGUAUGGAUUGUCAUGGAGCUGUGUCAGCACGGGGAGCUGGGGAAGUACUUGACAAAAAAUCAGCAGAGUUUGACCAAUGUAACUCUGGUUCUCUUCAGCCUACAGAUCUGCAAAGCGCUUGUUUACCUACAGGGAAUGAACAUGGUCCACCGAGAUAUAGCUGUUCGAAAUGUGCUUGUUGCCACACCCGAGUCAGUGAAGCUGGGUGACUUUGGCCUUUCCAGAUACAUAGAGGAUGAAGAAUAUUACAAAGCAUCUGUUACUCGUUUACCAAUCAAAUGGAUGGCUCCUGAAUCUAUUAACUUCAGACGCUUCACCGUGGCCAGUGAUGUGUGGAUGUUUGGUGUGUGCAUGUGGGAGAUUAUGAGUCGAGGUAAACAGCCGUUCCACUGGCUGGACAACCGUGAUGUGAUUAACCAGCUGGAACAGGGCAACAGGCUGCCCAAACCUGAUCAGUGCCCUCCUGCCCUGUACUCUCUCAUGACCCGCUGCUGGAGCUACGACCCCCCCGAGAGACCCACCUUCACCGAACUAGCCUGCAACAUCAGUGAUGUCCACCAAAUGGAGAAGGAGUUGGAGGUGGAGAGAGAGAGAGACAAAGCCCGUAACACCCGGAUCCUGGAGGCCAAGUUUAGUGAACCUCCACCAAAGCCUUCCAGAGUCAAUACUAGUCGCUUCGGAAAUACCCUUGGUGUUGGCCUGCAUCUUCAGCUUAAUGAGGCUUUAUGUGCCAGUUCACCAGACCUGGCCAGCCCGUGUGAUUACCAGUCACCAGUGGACUCAACUAACAUCCUCACCAUAACCACUUCCCCACCCCGUCGCCGCAGUCUUGGGGAGGGUGAGUUCAGCUUUGGGCCAACAAGUAAGGAAGAUGCUCAGCGGCUGUGGCAGGUAGAGAAGGAGCGCAUGCAAGAUACUUUGAAGAUGCAGAAAGAGCAGAUGGAGGAGGACACAAAAUGGUUAAAGAAGGAGGAGAAGCUUCUGGACCCAAUGGUUCAUCAAGACUCAAAGACACCUGAACUGCCACUUAGUUAUGCUGAACUCCGUCAGCCUCCUUCAAAACCACCCAGAAUUGCAGUGCAGCCUACACCUACAGCUGAGCUGGACCGUUCAGAGGAUAGUGUGUACCAGAGAGUCAUGGACGUGGUGAAGGUGGUGGUGCAGUUAAAAAACGACAUCAACACACUUCUGUCUACUGAUUACAUCUCUCCUGUCAAGACUGUCGGACUCUCAUUAAGAAAUCUGAUCAACAGUGUCGAUGAUAUACUACCAACUCUGCAUGUUUCCUGUAGAACAGAGAUUGAAGGCACUCAGAAGUUGUUGAAUAAGGACUUGGCUGAGCUCAUCAAUAAGAUGCGGCUGGCCCAACAGAAUGCCAUCACCUCUCUAAAGGAAGAGUGCAAGAAACAGAUGCUGGCAGCAGCCCACGGUUUGGCCAUGGAUGCCAAGAACCUAUUAGAUGCUGUAGACCAGGCCCGAGUGCGCUCAAACUUGGCCAAACCCAAACCUGAGGACGUAGACUCACUGACAGACUAGAAGAGCUGCUUGGGACAUGCUGACUUGAGUAUACACAACUGUCCUAUACACAGCUUGAGUAUAGGACAGACUGAUUUAUCUGUAUAAUAUGGUAAUGCAGUAACGGGGCAAAACCAACACCAGUAUGGGACAUGAAACCAAUAGAAAUUCAGGCAACUGUUGUGCUGCUGUCAUAUCAUGUUAAGUGAUUUAUGUAAACAUGAUUUAGAAAACCAAGCAGGCCAGAGGGGUAUUCCAGUAAGCAGGGUUAACUUACAGUCACAUAUACCCAGAACGUUUGGUUGAUUAACCCAAAGCUUUCUUACUCGCAGUAAGAAAAAUGUUCCAAAAAUGCAUUGCUAUCUUUUAAUAUUCAAGCAGUUUUUGUUUAUUACUGUGAAAAACAAUUAUAUUGUUUGUUUGAUGCUAAAUAUAAAAAUUUG